AUGUCACAACGAUAUAAUUAUACUAUCAAAGCUUUAGAAGGGCGACAAUUUAUUCAGCGUAAUUUUGUAACACUUCCUGAAAAAGGCUCCAAAUAUAGCAAUCGAGCAAUUAGUCUAAAUGAACGAUUUUCAAUUAUCGAAAGAGGUUAUAUUCUUGUGCCAGAUUUGAAAAAUAUAAAAAGGGAUUUCCAAAAGAACGUACGUUUGAUAUCGCGUGUACCAGUAACACAGGAUGAACAAAAGCAACAGAAAACCUCAAGUAUUGUCACAAAAACAAAGAAGAAGUAA